AUGGCCUCGGGAGCCAACGGCAGGGGCUCCCCCAGCAGCGAACUGGCCGCGUUGCGAGCGGAACUCCGGGCCGAGCGCGCCGAGCUCCGCGGGGAGCUGGCCGCCCUGCGCGGUGAGCUGGCCGCUUUGCGCGGGGAGCUCCAAGCCAAGCGCGCCACCCGGCCCCGAGGCGCCGGCGAUAGCACCGCUAGGCCUGCCCGGCUGGACUCCGGGGUCGCGCCCAAGGACCCAGUAGAAUUCAUAGCGACGCUCCGGCGGGCCCACGCGGGGCGGCGGGCGGAUCCGCAGGGCCAGUCGUGGCCUUGGACGGACGACGACGUCAUUAACCGCCAGUACAGCCUGGACGAGCGACGCGCCGAGCACGCCGUCACGCAGGAGCUUCUGCAGGCCGCCCAGGGGAUGGACACGAAGGACAAGGUCGCGCACAGCAUCGCUGUGCGGUACAGGCAGUCCGCGCGGGGGGCUGCCGCGCGGUUCGCGGCCGCCAUCCAGGGCGGAUCUCUGGAGCGGGACGUCUUGGCACCGCUGACGCGGGAGUGCAAGGGUGACCUACCGCCGUACCGGAACGUCGUGCCGAAGGCGCAGCUCGCGGAGCAGCUUUGGCCCGCCGCUGCCGCUAUUGCUGGGCGCGUCCCCUUUGACACGGUCUUGCAGGCGCGGGGCUUCAUCAAGCAACAUCUCGUCGCCGACGUCUCGCUCGACGGCACCCGCGUCUCCCCGUUCAGUGCCGGCGAGGCACGUUGCCCUGUCCACCGCUUCGAUCGCCCUCUCGAGGUUGCGAAGGACCUCGUCCACUUCGGACUUGUGCUUGACGGGAGCACCGCGCCCAUGGAGACCGGGGCCCGGAAAGGCUUGGCGGCCGCCAAGAAGUUAUUCCCGGAUGAGCCGUGGUCUUUGUCGUCGCUGGCGGAGCGGGUGGGCUGCGACGAGUUCGGCGCGGAGAUUCUCUGGUGCGAGUACGGGAAGCACGUCCGCGCCUGCGCCAACGGCGUCACCAGGGAAUACGUCCCAAGGUAUCGCAGGCAGCGCCGGUCGGGCCGCCCAAAAACAGGCCCCUCGGAGGCGCCAGCGCCGCGGCCGUCGGAAGCCUGCCUGCCGCCCGACGGGCGCGACGGGGACUUCGUCGAGGCGGGGGGCGAUUCGCCCGGCAAGGAGUGUCAAUUGUCGCAGGCCGGGGUGCCCGCGCCAAGAGCCCCGCAGGAGUUGGUCUCCGUCCUGGGCGCCGGAAUUGUCGCAGAAUUGCUCAACCGGCUCCGGGCGCAGGGCCAGCUGCAGGGCCCCGACCAGGCAGGGCCAGCUGACGAAAGGCCAGCUGUCGCAGGGCCAAGCGGCGGCGCCGAACAGGUCAUGAAGCGGCGCCGCGUGGUGCCGACGCUCCUUUCAGCGGCGGCGCCGCCAAAGUGCCUCCCCGCAGCGCAGCCGACGCCCCUCGCGGCGGCGCCGGCACCCGGCGUAGUGGCGGCGCGCCAGGCGGCGCGGCCAGGCGAAGCGGCGGAAGGGGCGGGGCGCCGCCUGUCGCAGCGGCCGCGGCUGGCGGAACCGCCCGCCGGCCUCGACGACGCCAGGGCAGCCGCCGCUCAGGGGCGAGCAGCCGCCGCUCAGGGGCGGAGCCAGGGCGGCGUCAGCGUCCAGGUGCUGCGCGUGCUGGCGAAGGGCCAGGGCAUCCCGCACUACGGCUGCAAG